AUGGCUAUCCUCAUUGAUCACCUUGAGCUUGAGGUAGAGGUACAGGACAAGAAGGUAUCUUUUGAGUCUGAUGAAGUGGCAUUUGGAGGCAAACCAAAUGCAGGAUUUGCAAUGCCUGAAAACAAUUCAUUUGGCCACUCAUUUAGGGAUUAUGGCACGGAAAGUGAAAGGAAAAAGACAGUCGAGGAAUUUUAUCGGUUGAGCCAUAUUAACCAAACAUAUGAUUUUGUGAAGAGGAUGAUGGAGGAGUAUGGGAAAUUGAACAGAGUGGAGAUGAGCAUAUGGGAAUGCUGUGAACUGCUGAAUGAUGUUGUGGAUGAUAGUGAUCCUGACUUGGAUGAACCUCAGAUUGAGCACUUGCUGCAAACAGCUGAAGCAAUAAGGAAAGACUAUCCUGAUGAAGAUUGGUUGCACUUGACAGGCCUUAUUCAUGAUCUUGGAAAAGUUCUUCUUCUUCCUAGCUUUGGAGGACUUCCUCAAUGGGCUGUUGUCGGUGACACAUUCCCUAUUGGCUGUGCUUUCGAUGAUUCAAUUGUUCAUCACAAGUACUUUGCAGACAAUCCAGAUUACAACAAUCCUGCUUACAACACCAAAUAUGGGGUUUACUCUGAAGGAUGUGGACUCGAAAAUGUAAUGAUGUCUUGGGGGCACGAUGACUACAUGUAUUUGGUGGCUAAGGAAAAUAAAACUACUUUACCAUCUGCUGCAGUGUUCAUCAUCCGAUACCACUCCUUUUAUCGUAACAUUGCAUACGUCAGGAGCAUACAAACACCUGAUGAACGAGGAGGAUGUCGAGAAUCUGAAAUGGCUUCACAUUUUCAAGUCAAAUAUGACCUCUACAGCAAGAGCAAAGUUCGGAUCGAUGUGGAAAAGGUCAAACCAUACUAUCUCUCCCUCAUUGAAAAGUACUUCCCCUUUAAGCUCAGAUGGUGA